GGUAACCAAAUUCUAGUUUCUAUUUUCUUUACCUAGUUAUUCUAAAUAUACUUCAUAUACAAACAUUUAUAUUAUUCUCAAAAAAGCAGCUGAAGUUAGAAAGUAACUUUAAAUAUAAAAAUAGAUAUUUUAUUGCGUCCAAUAGGAAAUGCUGUUGAUUCAUCGCCUGUCGCCGCUAAUGCGAUCUAAUCAACUCCGAUUGUAUGGCAAAAAAUACAUAAAACCAAAAAAGAUGAGUAAUAUGUUGGCAGGAAAUCCACCCAAUAAACAAGUGCAUCAGGAAACCAUGCGUUACAUUUAUCCAUUCGCACGAAUUAAUAUUCGCACCGACAUUUAUUUAAAAGUCAAGGCUGCCGACGUGCAUGAGUACCCUGAUGCAAAUGUUCUCAUCGCUGAACUGCAUGGAGGACACGCACGCAAUUGCCCUGUUAAUAUGCACGUAGAUGUGAGUGAAGAUGAAAGACUGGUAAAUAUUGUAAUAAAUAAAGAUGCAAAUGCUCUAGAUUUCCAUUGUAAUCUGGAAAUACCCAUACGAUCGGAUUUGCAUAUUGAGGCUAAUGAUAGCGUUACAGUGCGAAACAUAUUUAGCUCGGAAAUUAAUGUUCGAGCUCAAAAAAACAUAGAAACAAAGGAAAUACGUGCAGAUAAUCUAACUCUAGACAGUGCUGGUGGAAAUAUAUCUUGCAAAGGUAUGCUCUUGGGUAGAGUUACUGUUGUGGAGACAAAGGAUUUAGGAAAUAUUUCAUUAGACAAGCUGCAAGGCGAUCAGCUGACUUGUAAGACAGAUGCUGGUAACAUCACUACAAACUCCUGCUAUGUAGAAGAGUCGAAAUUUGUAACAAAUACAGGUUCUUUACAAUUAAAAAACGUACACAAAAGAACUGAAGUAGAUGUCCAAAAAAGUGGAGAACUAAAUAUGACUGGAGUUCAUGGUAAUCUCACGGUGCGUACUAACGGAGGAAAAUUAAAUCUGCAACUUUCCGAACUGGCUGGCGAAAACGUGGUAAAGGCAAAUGGUAUUGAGCAAGCUAUAAUUAACAUCUCAGAGUGCAUUGAAGAACAAUCCAACAUUGAGGUGACAUCCCGUGCCGUAGUGCUUGAUGGUUCACUUUCGCAUCUAGAGGAUUGUGUGAUUAAUAAUCAUACACUCUUUCGUAACUCAAAAUCUACGAAUGCAUCAAGUAAUUUGAUAGUACAUAGUAGUGGCGAAGUUAAACUUGGCAAAUUAUCUUGGAUGGACUCCCUACGUGAACAACUGGACAGAUCUGAACACAAGUAGACAGAAACUAAUCAAACUCAAAGCAGUAACAAUAUGAUACUCUAAAAUUGUUGUGAUUAAGUAACUGUAAUGUUGUUCAAUAAAUUAAUAACAUAUAGUACUGGCUUAAUAAA